UUCGCAAGUUGUUUCUAUGGCGCACACGUUCCUACCACACGGCACGCGAGGGCUAUUUACAAGGUGAGAUAGUUCGUUUCUUCAAUAAACAAAGAAUCGAAUUCGCUCGUUUGCGCCGUUGGAAUUUCUUUCCUAAAAUUCUGUUUUCAUUUGCAUUUCGCCUGAGCACUCAUUCUUUAGCGUCCACAAAGAAUUGCACGUUGCUCGUGACCUUCCGCGAAAACUGAAGUCGCGAAGAUAGAUCGAUCUCGCGGAAGCAACCUCACGGAGACACCAGUAUUAUUCAGUAAUUAGUGGAUCACGAUGAUAGUUAUACCCAUAAUACCGUUUUUCCUAGGCUAUCUUGCACGGAAUACAAGCAACCCUACGCCCUCGUACAUAUUUCACGUGCGGAUAGAAACGGAAUUAUUCAGAUACUCAGGAACACAUAAUAAUGAAGACAAAGCCGACCUGCAGUUCCGUCUGAAAUGUCAGCCGUAUAUGGAUCAAAAUUUAAAAUGUCACAUCGAGAAGAGCCCUUCUUAUUCUCCUAGCACUGACUCCGCAUACAUAAUAGACAAACUCAGCAACGUACGUUGCAUAAUGAACUUCCAGCCGUCCGGAGUAAAGAGUUAUGACGUAUUUCUGCAAAACGUGAAAAACAAGGAGACUGCGUUGGAAGUAUUUCGGUUUAUCGUGCAUCAGCUGAACGUCGGCGUUGACCUCAAAAAAUAUGACGGCAACGAAUUCGAUGCGAUAGAGGAAACCGUUAUCGGCACAUGCAAGACAGUUUACAUGAUAAGUCGUAAUUACGCUCGCAAUUAUAUAAUAUAUUCCAAGCUGGUCUCCUUAAUUGCGAAGGAGGAGUACAUUAUGAAGAAGGACGAAUCGGUCAAUAUUAAUAAAAUGAGAAAUGUGGAAAAUUGCAUACUGAGGAACGAUUCUAUCCUGGGAAGGAUCUUAUGGCCAAACCUCAUAACACCGAAUUUCACCGCGAAGCCGCUAUCCUCGGAGUCUCAAAUGACAUAUACUCUGCACAAUUUCGACACCAACACUAUGAAUGCAUUUAAACUCUAUAAUGAGCAACAUAGGAUAGUUGGCUCUGUCCAAGAAACGAUUAAUCUUAAAUUGAUAAAGAUAGAAAACUGAAAAACGCGACACGAGUAUCUAUUCGUUCAAUAAAAU